GUCAUCCGUCGUGGUUGGUCGUCAUUGUAAUCCAUUCGAUCACGACCGCAGCGACACAGUCGGUGAUUUUUAGCGAAACGACCAAUGCCGGACGCUAUUCCGUUAAUCCACCGGAUUCUUCCCAACAGCAUCGUCUUGUCGCUCCGAAAUUUGUGGUUACGGCAGCGUCGAUCCUUCGUCCCAACACGAUUUAUCGGGUCCACGUCGUAGUUUUGCCCGGUUCGCCCGAUUUGGUCUUCAAGGCGUUGAUUACGAAAGGAAAUGGCGAACACGUUGCAUCCGACCGGACCAAUUCGGCCGAUGCCGGAUCCAGCAAUCAUCUUUUGCUUAAAAUUCCGCCUUCCCUUUCGGAUGGGGGUUAUCGACUGAAAUUGGAGGGCUACGAUCAGAUGCAUCCGCAAGAGGCUGUGAUUAUCGAAGAGAGUCGCCUCGUUUUCCUUUCCGAUUUUCUGUCCAUCGUCGUCCAAUCAAACCGCAAAAUCUUCUGCAACGACAUGACCGUUCGAUUCCGGGUAAUCCUGACGCAAAUGAAUCUGAAACCUUACACGGAUCCCAUCACCGUCUCCAUCGUGGAUCCUCAAGGAUUUGUUAUGCGCCGUUGGCCGUCACGCAACCCAACCAACGGCGUGGCUUCUUUAACGUACAAAUUAUCGCCGAACCCGAGCGUCGGUACCUGGACGAUCCGCGUCGAGGCCAUGUCGCAAAUCUACCAGCAUAAAAUCCAGGUAGAACAUUAUUACAUCCCGUUCUUCGAAGUCAUCCCGAUCGGCCCCGCCUUCGUUUCCCAAUCGGACGAGACGUACAGCGUUGAAAUGACCACUGCCUUCCACCAAUCGUUCGUCCUCAGUGGCAAUUUAACCGUUGAAGUUUACGCCCGGCCGGCAAAUGCAUCCGUAACUGAUUUGCAGUUUGUUACGCGCGAGCAUUUUCCAUGGAAACACGAUUUCACCUACGAUGUGAAUUUGAAUGACGUCAAAAACCAUUUGGGUGUUGCAAGUUUAGCCGAUUGGGUUGUUCGGGUGACGUCGAUUUUGCACAGUCAUUUCAUGGGGGAGACCCGCGACGGAUAUGUCGAAACUCGCAUUGUUCGUUCCCAACUGAAAUUUGAAUUUGCUGGCGCCAAAACGGCCGUUUUCAAACCGGGAAUGCCGUUCGAAGGAGAUGUUUAUCUCAUGUACGACGAUGGCCAGCCCCUGGCGUCGGAUAAAUUGGCCGGUGCUACGCUCACCCUUCAGCCCGUCGUCACGUCCGCAAACGGCCAAAGGAAAAUGCUACCCGAAAUUGUAGUGCCGGCCAAAGAUGACGACACCGAGCCGAAUAACUUGAGCAACGCGUUCGACGAUUGGAUGGAACAGCAAAUGGAAAACAUUCAUUUUAAUGCGUUUCGCCAAACGGGCGUGCACCAUUUCCUUUUGUCUGUACCGAAAGACGCCGAGACGAUGCGAAUAACGGCCACGUAUAAGGACGCGCAAGGCGAUAGAGCGACGGCCGAAUUGGAAGCCGUCGCUUUCUACUCGUUCGACGACAUGUACGUCCAUGUUGGCACCAGCACCGAAUAUGGCCAGCUCGGUGAAAAUGCCGUACUUCAUUUGCGUAGCAAUUUCGCUUUCCAGGUUUACAGCUACGUGCUGGUGUCGAAAGGUUUGGUCAUUUAUGGUGGCACGGAGAGUCAUCCGCAUCCGACUAAACUGCUGACGUUUUCCAUUCCCGUCUCUGGCGAAAUGGCGCCCAGUUUCAAAUUGAUCGCCAUGGUGGUGACGCCGACUGGUGAACUCUUGGCAGAUUCCAUCACCAUUCCCGUCCAGAGUUUUAACCGUUACAAGGUUAACUUGACGAUGGUGGAGACAAAAGAUCAUUCGAAAGAGACGGUCCAGUUAGUGACGAGGACACGUCCAGGAUCGUUCGUCGGAGUUUCACUCCUUCGCAUUAUGAAUCACAUCUACCAGGCAGAUAAUGAGCUGACACCUAGUCGUGUACUUGGAGCUCUUUAUAAAUUGGAACCAUUUACAAAGUCUGUGCAUAAAGUGACGUGGACGGAUCGUGAGGGAUUGAAAGCUGAUCGGACGGAAUAUUUCAAAGGGGCUAAUCCAGGAGCCGAUACGAAACGGACGAUGGAUCAAGCCGGACUUUUGGUUUUCACCGAUGCAACUGUCGCUCAAUACCCCGAAACUGUUCAUUGUGACAAAACCAACGGCUACGAUUCGUGCAUGGCUGUCGGAUGUUUCCACAAGGAUCAGCGAUGUGAUGGCAAAUCGGAUUGCACCGAUGGAUCCGACGAGGACGACUGUGUUUCGGAUGAUGACGGCAUGGAUUUCCGGAUGACGCGAUGGAGUCGUAAUCACGAUUUUUACGAUUGGCUCGAUGGCGAUUGGGCCUGGUUCGAUAUUCCCACAACAGAUGACGGCAUUGAAUUCAACGAUCGUGAGGUCACCGUCACCGAUGAAAUUUGGCAUCUCAACGCGUUCAGUUUUCAUCCGGAAUUCGGUUUCUCCAUGCUGGAAGAAACUGUUGUGUACGAUGGAUCACCACCGUUUUUCUUUACGGUCGAAUCUCCCAGUUCCAUCCGACGUGGAGAAACCCUGGGCUUGCGAUUAAUGGCCGUCAACUUGCUCCAGGAAGAAGUGACGGCCCUAAUCGUUUUGGAAGCGUCUGACGACUACAAGUUUGUGGAAACUGGACCUGAUGGUGAAGUUGAACAUUAUCAUCCAAAACUUGAUGGUGGAGAGAGACAUCACAUGAUCGCUGUCAAGCCGGAAGCUUACUGGGAAGUUUACGUGCCCAUUGCUCCACAAGUGGACCAAGGUCUUAUAAAAAUCAAGUUGCAGACUGUUAGUCAAAUUAAUCGACAGGAUUUCGAAAUCGAACUGGAGAUUGUGCCUGAAGGUGCAACAAUUAGCCGACAUACUUCAUUGCUGCUGGACUUGAAGAAUCGAGCCCAUGUCCUACGAUUUCUCGAUAUUCCAGUAGAAGAAUCGCCAAUUAUUCCUUACUCGAAAAACCGACGAUAUGUUUUUGGAAGUCCUCGUGCUUCUGUCACUUUAUGCGGCGAUGUCUUUGGUCCGGUGUUUCCAUCGACGCCUGUCACGACCGAGUCGUUUUUGAGCCGAUCCCUACGUGGAACAGAAGCCAAUUUAUUCAAUUUGGCAACUACUUUAUGGAGCCUUCAUUACCUGCGAUUGACGAAUCAAUUGCAAUCGGAUGUUUUGUACAGCGGAUUGAACGACAUGAACGUUCAAAUGGCAGAGCUAAUGCGUUUAUAUCAUCACGAUGGAUCGUUCCGUGCCCACACCAACUCCAAACCCAACGUUUGGGUUACGGCGUGGGUGGUUCGAAUCUUGGGCCAAUCUCAAUUCCAAGACUGGGAGAAUCAUUACUAUGUCGAUCGGCGCUUGUUGGCCAGCUCCGUUGAAUGGAUUGUGAGCCAUCAAAUGAGCGAUGGUAGUUUCCAUGAGCCAGAAGAUCUACCUUUUGAAUCACGUCACGUAAGUGCCAAGUUACGUGCUCUACUAUUCCUAAAUAAUUCAACUCGUAAAUUACAGGAGAGGGGCAAUGUUACACAUAAGACAACCCUCACGGCUCACGUUCUAAUUGCUUUGAUGAAAUGCAGUGGAAGCCUGGAAGGAUCGCUAAGAGUCACUGUGGCAACAGUCGAAGCUAAUGCAGUCAAUUUUCUAGAAAGAAGCAUUUCCCAUUUGAGCGAUCCUAGUGAAGUGGCCAUUGUUACCUAUGCCCUGUCGAUGGCCAAUACUCCCACUAAAGAGGCCACGUUUUAUUUGCUACAUGGCAUGAGGCGUGAAAAUGGCGAAAUGGUGUACUGGUCGCGAGAGCCCGUACCGUCCAAUCCGAUUCUCUACGAGAAUCAAAGGCCUUUCCUCCAGCCUCGUUUGCCAAUGCAUCAAGACGCCGUGGCUGUUGAGGCCACAUCCUACGCUCUGCUCGUCUAUUUAGCUCGUGAUGGCAUCGGUGAUUUGCAGGAGAGGGUCGUCAGUUGGCUCAACACGAUGCGGAUGGUGGACGGUGGUUUCGUCUCCAUCUACGACAGUAUAGUGGCAAUGGAAGCUCUCACGGAAUACGCGUAUCGAGCGCGUUUACGUGACAUCACCGAUAUGACCAUCGUUGUGGAAGCCUCCGCUUCGAAAAUUGGAAAUCCAAUGCACAUAACCAGUGAAAGUUUAUCCACCGUUCAUCAGAUGGAUAUUCCUAAUGUUUGGGGUCACGUGAAUGUCGUUGGUCGUGGUGCUGGCCAGGCUGUUUUGCAACUCAAAGUGCAGUACGGCAUCGAUUUGGACGAUCUCAAAGACACUCCAAAGAAACGUUUCUUUGAUUUGCAUAUCGACGAAACGUACAGCCACUUCCGUAACAAAUCUCACGUCACUACCGAAGCUUGCGUCAGAUGGCUGGCCAUUGAUGAAACGUUGACGAGCGGUCCAGCCACGUUAGAAAUCGAAGUACCAUCGGGCUACGCGUUUCUGCAAUCCGAUGCGAAUGAGUUGGUCGUCAGGAACAACUACACGUUCAUUAGCGAUGUGUUUAUCGGUCGCAACAAAAUCAUUUGGAUGUUUGACCAAGUUGGUCAGGAGCUUCUCUGCAUCAAAUAUCCGGUCCAUCGGUGGUUCCCUGUGGCUAAUUUAACGUUACAUCGUUCGGCAAUUGUUUACGAGUCACACAAACCCGAACAUUUUGAAAUGGUUGUCUUCAAUUCGACGCCACUCUACGUGCUGGAUAUUUGCGAAGUGUGCGGAAGCUUCCAGUGUCCGUAUUGCCCUUAUUUUAGCAGCGCGCCCGUCUCUGCUGAAUCUUCGUUCGUUCUGUUCGCUUCUCUCACCGUUUCUAUUUACUUUCUAGCAGGUCACUCGUCAACAUAACGCUAAAAUUAGCAAACACGUCCACAUUCUACGCUGAAUAAAAUAGAAAAAUUAUAUUUA